AUGAAGUUUAGCACUACCCUCGCGACUUUGCUGUCGCUGGCUCCUGGUCAUGCUCUGGCCAAGGGUAAGAAGCUCGACUCCAAGAAGUUCCAAGCCGACAUCAAGACUAAGAAUCUCAUAUCCAAUCUCGAAGCUCUAAACGACAUCGCAUUCGCCAACGGUGGUAACCGAGCUUUUGGACUUGCAGGUUAUGAUGCCUCGGUCGAUUACAUCUACAAGCGCGCCUCCAAGGUCAAGAAUGCCAAGGUCUGGAAACAGAACUUCCCCGCACUCUUUGCCUACGUCGACUCAAUUGACCUCAAAGUCGACGACAAGUCCAUCUACGUUUAUGGCCUGACCUACUCCCCUUCUACUUCCGAAGAGGGAAUCACCGCAGAGAUUGCGCUAGGCCCGGAAGGCGCUGCUGGCUGCGACGCUUCUUCAUACGAUAACCUUGACGUCAAGGGCAAGAUUGUCUUGGUGCAGCGAUUUAGAUGUCCUACUGGUGGAACUCUUGCCGGAAGAGUCAUCCCUGCUGCUGCAGCGGGUGCUUCUGCGGUCAUCAUUUACCAUGACUUGUCGACUAAUGUCACUGCUGGUUCACUCAGUGCGCCAAACCCCGAGAAGCACGUUCCCGCGGGUUUCAUCAACCUUGCUGAUGGUUUGAAGCUGAAGGAGAGAAUUGAGGCUGGUGAAAAGGUUGAGGCGUACUUCCAGCAGUCGCAGACUAUCGAGGAGAGGAUCACACAGAAUGUCAUUGCUGAGACUACUGGUGGCGAUCCCCGCAACGUUAUCAUGCUGGGUGCUCAUCUUGACAGUGUUCAAGCUGGCCCUGGUAUUAACGAUGACGGUUCCGGUUCUUCUCUGAUCCUUGAGCUCUUCCUCGCUCUUUCCAAGUACAAGACCAAGAACAAGAUCCGUUUCGCCUGGUGGGGAGCCGAGGAGAACGGCCUUCUGGGAAGCAAGUUCUACACAUCCAACCUGGCCACCAAGGACGUCAACGAUCUUCUCGUCUAUCUCAACUUCGACAUGGUCGCCAAGGGUUUCUUCGGUGUCGCUGAUACCGACGGUAGCUCUCACGGAUCCAAGGCUCCCAAGGGAUCCGAAGUGACGGAGAAGAUCUUUGUUGAUUACUUCACAAGCAAGGGUAUUGAAGUUACUCCUGCGGUGCUCACCAACGGAAGUGACUAUGCUUCUUUCUGGCAGAAUUUGAACAAGCCUUUUGGGUUCUUACAUACUGGUACUGCUGUUGCGCAAGAUCCUUGCUACCAUCAAGCCUGCGAUACCAUUGACAAUCCCGACUCCAAGACUCUCACCGUCAACGCCAAGGCUGCUGCACACAUCCUUGCUACACUCGACGAACGAGGCACCAAAUUGAUCCCCAAGACCAAAAUCACCGACGCCACUCUCCAGAACCUCCAACAGCGCAGCGUUGGACCUGACCUGGGUAUGAUCGAUGAGCUUGAGGCUAUGGGUCUUCGACAUUUGGGUUGUGGACAGCACGAGAUUUAA